UAAAAAUGGCAGCUUCCAUGAACUAGCUUUUUACAAACGUGACUUCGUAAACUUCAUCGUGGUACUUAGACCAACUACAGACUGGCUUUUUCUUAUUCAUACAACUUAUCACCUGAUCAAGUUUCAUUCUUUUGCCGAUUUUAUUGAUUUUUUGUAUGUUCGGCAUGUCUAAGGGCGCUGUUUUUUCAACGUCGGAAGCUAAAAUCUCUGAAGCAGCGGAAAGGUGAAAUAGCCAUGUUGGAGGAGCGAGUUCAGAGGCGACUAGUAUUUGAGAAGAAGGCCCAUGAGAUCGUGGAGACACUUCUUGAUAAUCCAAUCACAGAUGAGUUUCUAUUGGAUUGUGCUUUUGCUAUCUGCCCACAACAUUACCAGGAUGUUGUCAUUGAGAGAUCCAUCGUCAAGCAGUGCGGCUACCCUCUGUGUCAAAGGUCACUGCAGAAUGUCCCUCAACAGAAGUAUCACAUCAGUCGCAAGACCAAUAAAGUCUACGACAUCACAGACAGAAAGUGUUUCUGCAGUCAGUUUUGCUACAAGGCCUCCAAGUUCUUUGAAGCUCAACUGUCUGAUUCGCCUCUAUGGACGAGAGACAUGGAGGAACCCUUAGACAUCAAGCUUCUGACUCGAGACAUGGAGGCAGAUGCUACUGCAGCCUCCCUGAUAGCCAAGGAUAACGUAGUCUUCACAGAGCGAGUCGAGUCUCAAGAUGUCGACGAAGUGGGCGGCGGGGAGAAAGACACGCCCCUAAAGGAGGAGGCUGUGGGCCUACUAGAAGACGACCUGUCUAACUUGACCUUUGCUGACACUCGGAAGAGAGAGAGGUUACAGGAACUAGCUGAAGUCAGCCGACUCCCGACAACAUCUCAUGCAGAACAGAAACAAACAGUGACACGCAAGGAUUCUAGCGAGAGCUCUCAGCAAGCAGUUUUGAACCAAAACCAAGAGGUCUGUCUUCCAACUGUGCUACCGUCUCGAGACGAUUCAAAAGAUAGUCAUGCCAGGGAAGAAAUCAAGACCAGGCAACUCAGAGAUUUGAAAAGUGAAGAGAACUUGCGACAGGGAUGCAGCGAGAACCGUGGCGAAUCUAAAUCUGAGGACACACCUAGUAACGUAACUGCCGACAUUGAUGCAUCAUCACCUGGUAUGGAUCUAGGGAUUGCUUCAGAAGACCUUCAAGGUGUGAAAAAGAAGAAGUCAAAGAAGAAACCUAAGAAAUCCAGUGCACAAGUCGUGAAAGAAGCAUCCUUGCUCCAGUCUGUCAGUAGAACAUUUGUGGAAUGGAUUACGAAUGACACGCAAGAAUUUCUAACGGAGGGUGCUUCAAGUAAAGUGUCGGAUGACUCAGGUAGUGUCAACCUGGCGGAAUCAAACUUGACCUGUGACCCCCUUGCCAUGACCUCUGACCCUUCAGUGUCCACUACGGAGCCUUCAUUGCCUGCAGCCAAGCCACUACCAUGUAUGGACAAGUUGAAAGAAGAAACCGAGCAGUUUUCACUCAAAGUACAGGAGUUUUAUUAUGGAAGGCAUUUAGAGGUCAAGAAGAAGGAAAAGAAAGCGAAAAGCGGACAGGAAAAACAGGAGGAGGAUGUUGACAGAACCAUACGACUUCCUCUCGUCGAUUCCAAAUCUCAGAUGGCAAUAAGAAGGAAGAUUCUAAGUGAUCGCCUCAACAGAACGUAUUCUGAAAUCCUUACACCUUUGAGGCUGUCCAUGCGUGACAUGUCGACUGAUCUGCAAUCGUUGAUUCGCACCUUCAACCUGAGUAGCACUAACAUCACAUUCAAACCUGCUGGCUGGACUAUGAUGAGUCUACUGCUUCUACAAAUGUGA